CUGAGGGAAUUAUCCCCAAUAGAUGCCUUGGAGUCUGAGCUCUGCUGCAUCUGUCACAGCAGAACAAAAUAAAAAACGGAAGAGGAGAAACGCUGCAGAUUAUGGAACACUGUAGGACUUUCUGAAACAUUUGCUGGGGAUUCACGUGGAGCAUGAUCUUUUAAAACCAAUUCUUUUUGAAACUGGUUCUUAUAACCGGGAAGAAUGACACAUAUGCUGAAUGCAGCAGCUGAUCGUGUGAAAUGGACCACCAGAUCGAGUGCUGCUAAGAAGGCAGCCUGCCUGGUGGCUGCAGCAUAUGCUCUGAAAACCCUCUAUCCCAUCCUUGGCAAGCGUUUAAAGCAGUCUGGACAUGGGAAGAUAAAAGAGGAAGCUUAUCUGGCUACAGAAAACAGGGAAAUACUGCAUUGCACCGAGAUCACUUGUAAAAAACCUUCGCCUGGAGUGAAUGCAGAUUUUUUCAGACAGCUACUAGAACUUCGCAAAAUUCUCUUUCCAAAACUUGUGACCACUGAAACAGGGUGGCUCGGCCUCCACUCCGUAGCGCUAAUCUCAAGAACCUUUUUGUCUAUCUAUGUGGCUCGUCUGGAUGGAAAAAUUGUGAAAAGCAUUGUAGAAAAGCAGCCUCGGACUUUUGUCAUCAAAUUAAUCAAGUGGCUUAUGAUUGCCAUCCCUGCGACGUUCGUCAACAGUGCAAUAAGGUACCUGGAAUGCAAAUUGGCUUUGGCCUUCAGAACUCGCCUAGUAGACCAUGCCUAUGAAACCUAUUUUACAAAUCAGACUUAUUAUAAGGUAAUCAAUAUGGAUGGGAGGCUGGCCAACCCUGACCAGUCUCUUACUGAGGAUAUUAUGAUGUUCUCCCAAUCUGUGGCUCACUUGUAUUCCAAUCUGACCAAACCUAUUUUGGAUGUAAUCCUGACUUCCUAUACGCUCAUCCAAACUGCUACAUCCAGAGGAGCAAGCCCAAUUGGGCCCACCCUGUUAGCAGGGCUUGUGGUGUAUGCUACUGCUAAAGUGUUGAAAGGCUGCUCUCCCAAAUUCGGUAAAUUGGUGGCUGAAGAAGCUCAUAGGAAAGGCUAUUUGCGGUAUGUGCACUCCAGAAUUAUAGCCAAUGUGGAAGAAAUUGCCUUUUACAGAGGACAUAAGAUAGAAAUGAAGCAACUCCAGAAAAGUUACAAAGCUUUAGCGGAUCAGAUAAACCUCAUUUUAUCCAAACGUUUGUGGUACAUCAUGAUAGAGCAGUUCUUGAUGAAGUAUGUUUGGAGCAGCAGUGGACUAAUUAUGGUGGCUGUACCGAUAAUCACUGCAACUGGCUUUGCAGAUGGCGAUUUAGAGGAUGGCCAGAAACAAGCUAUGGUUAGCGAACGGACAGAAGCUUUUACCACUGCUCGGAAUUUAUUGGCCUCUGGUGCUGAUGCUAUUGAAAGAAUUCUGUCUUCAUACAAAGAGGUCACUGAAUUAGCAGGCUAUACUGCUCGAGUGUACAAUAUGCUGUGGGUCUUUGAUGAAGUGAAAAGAGGCAUUUAUAAAAGAACCACUGUUGUUCAAGAGUCUGAAAGCCAUAACAAGAAUGAAACUAACGUAGAAUUACCGCUCAGUGACACCUUGGAAAUCAAAGGAAAAGUUAUUGAUGUGGAUCAUGGAAUUAUUUGUGAAAAUGUACCCAUAAUUACACCAACAGGAGAAGUGGUGGCUUCCAGGCUAAACUUCAAAGUACAAGAAGGAAUGCAUCUUUUGAUAACUGGUCCCAACGGUUGUGGGAAAAGUUCUCUCUUCAGAAUUUUAAGUGGGCUGUGGCCUGUGUAUGAAGGAGUCCUCUAUAAACCACCUCCCCAACAUAUGUUCUAUAUUCCGCAAAGGCCAUAUAUGUCUCUUGGAAGUCUUCGAGAUCAAGUCAUUUAUCCUGAUUCAGUGGAUGAUAUGCAUGAUAAAGGCUAUACAGACCAAGAUCUAGAAUGUAUUCUACACAAUGUCCACCUCUAUCACAUAGUUCAAAGAGAAGGAGGAUGGGAUGCUGUUAUGGACUGGAAAGAUGUCCUGUCAGGAGGGGAAAAGCAACGAAUGGGCAUGGCUCGCAUGUUUUAUCAUAAGCCAAAGUAUGCAUUGCUGGAUGAAUGUACCAGUGCUGUCAGCAUUGAUGUUGAAGGAAAGAUAUUUCAGGCUGCGAAAGGGGCUGGAAUUUCCUUACUGUCUAUAACACACAGGCCUUCUCUUUGGAAAUAUCAUACUCAUUUAUUACAGUUUGAUGGUGAAGGCAGUUGGCGCUUUGAACAAUUGGAUACUGCUAUCCGUUUAACACUGAGUGAAGAAAAACAGAAGCUAGAAUCUCAGCUAGCUGGAGUUCCCAAAAUGCAGCAAAGACUCAAUGAACUUUGUAAAAUUUUGGGAGAAGACUCAGUGCUGAAAACAUUAAAAAAUGAAGAUGAGACAUCCUAAUUUGUUUUAAAAGUUAAUUUUUAGAUAAAGGCCUUAAGGAGCUCAGAGACACUGUUAAAUAGUGCAUGCAUUGUAUUAAACUAAGCACAGAGAAAAAGGCAGCAAGAAAUGUUUUAUAAGAUUUAGCAUCAAGGAAGUACACAGUCUGACUUUUUGGAAGAAAAUAAACAAAUGCAUUAUGUAAAGAUUAGUCAUUAUGGCUUAUAUUAAUUCCUACUGAAAGCCUAAUUCACCUGCAUAACAGGAUUUUCUAGGUAAAUUCAUGAUGAAUUUACUAUGUGUAUGUGUCUGACAUUCUUAACAUGGGGUAUAUCUUGGGAACAGAACAAUUUAAGAGCAGCAUUUGGGUUGAUGCCAGGUGCAUAAAAUUAGAAGUUUGAAUAACAUCUCAGUCCAUUUAUGGUUAAUAUUAGAUUUAAUAACUAAAAUUAUUGUUUAUGAUUGCUAGGGGCCAACUAAACUUCUGUAGAAAACAGCUGACAGUUUGGUAAAUAAUUUCAAUGUAAAAAAAAAUUAUCUUAAUGGCAGUGGUUGAAACAAAGAGCAUGGCUCUACAUGUAUAAAAUGCCAUAUUAUUUCAUUUUAGAAUUUGAGCACAAACAUUAAUUUUAAUGAGACUCAUAUAUUUGUUAAUAAACCCUUAUAUUUUAAAAGAGAAUAGGCAGUCCAGAAAAGGAGUAUCCAAACAAUAUUGGUCUCAGCCUGUUAAGUUACUUGGCAACAGUAUCUUUUGCAACUUCUGUCCCCAAAUACUCUGCUUGAUUUUGUGCCCAAAGGAAGAGUCCACCACACUUUUUUUUCUUUUAUUUUUUAUUGUUUUUUUUCUUUUAUUUUUUAUACCACAUAUUUUAAAACUUGCAGUGCUUUAAUGGAAAACAGGGAUUCAAAAUCACAGUAGUAAUAUCAUACAUUGAAAUAGUACCUUACAUUUUACACUCCUUAUUCACAUUUUCUCAUUUUAAUCCUUGUGGCAGUCUUUUUUGGAACAUAUUAUUGUUCCUAGUAUGCUUUUGAGAAAACUGACACCCAGACUUGUUCCAAUCAUGUGAUUUGGUUAGGGGCAGAACCAGGGAUCAAACAUAGGUCUCCUGACUCCUUGAUUCAGGGCUAUUCCCAUUACUAUCCUUUAAAUCAAACUGGUUUAUAAUAGCAACAACAGUUAGGUGAGAUGUUAAAAGAAAAUAGAUAAUGAUGGUGUUUACAAGAAACAGAAAUUAAGUGCAAAGAGAAAAGAGCAUUGGUCUGGGGUUAAAAAUGAGCAGGGAACUUAGCAAAUCUUUCGGCAACUUGGCACUCAUACUUAGUACUAAUGUACUUCUAAGGUAUCAGCCAUCAGAAGGGCAAUUAAUAGUGUCUUAGGUGAAUUCAAUAUGCAUUGAAUACAAUAAGAAAAAUCUAUAGACUAUGCCAAUGAAAUAGAUCUUAUCAAUUAGUGUGACCUGGAGUUGGAAGUGCAAAAGCCAGGACCAGCAAUCUCCUGCUGCCUAGGCCACCAGGAAAAACUGAAAUGAUCUUAGUGGCUUAGGAUUUUAUUUGCAUAUUUAGAUACCACCAUAAUAUAUGCUAAGACAAUGAUUCUUAGACUUUUUUGUAGUUGGGUACCUGGAAAUAAUUCAUGAUGAUAGUUGUAGAACUUCAUAACAUUUUGACAUUUUCAGUUCUUCCAUGCCAACUAGGACAUUUUUAAUUAUCAAUAACUGCUACCAUAUUAUAUAAAGGAAUGCAAUAUAAAGCCAUAAUCAAUAUAUGUGUACAAGGUUUUCCGUUAGUAUUUGUUAGCUAUUCAUUCAUUUUGUCAGUUACUACUAGUUCCCAUUUUAAAAGUAAGGCGGGAAUUAAAGAAAAAAACAUGGACCCAAAACUUGACAUGAAAAAUAUUAUCCAUACAUCUUAAUUUGUUUAUUAGCAGUCAUCUGCUCAGUUUAUGCAAUUCAGUUUAUACAAUAGUGAUGUAAGGGGGAAAAUCUGAGGCAAGUGUCUUGAUUUUUAAAGGUACAAGAAAAAAAAUGAAAAGUCUUCAAUUAAAACGUGCAGUUUUCAAGCCAUAAUUUUCAAAAUUAAAAUAAAAAGUUCAAGACCUGAUAUAGUGUGUUUUGAGGCUUUUAUUCCUUUUGAUGAAAAAGGAUGCCAAAACAAAUAUCAGAUGCAUAAUUAACCCCUUAUUUAGUAUAUUAUACCAAUGAGUGGAAGUAAGACUCACUAUUUAUUAUAUACAGGAUUCAAGACUAUUCAAAAUUCUGUAUUAAAACCUAUACACAUUGUAAUUUAAACGUUAAAGUUCUAAGGGAAAUGUUUUUCAAGUGCUUUUUUUGUACCUAUUUAUUUUCUGAGUUUUUUUCCAGGACCAAUAUCUUCUAACUUGAGGGGAAAAAAUCUAUUUGAAUUUAUAUUUAUGUACCAUUUAACUGUUUCCAAAAUCAUCCAGUGGGUAUAUCGUAUUUUACUAUUUCUACAGGUGGGCUUUAUGAAAUGUGAACACUAUUGAGAAACUAAGUAGUCAUCUUUGAAUAAACCAAGGAAUAGAUGAGGGAAGGAGGAAAAAGGAUAUUUCAAUUUUCAAACUACUUUUACUUUGUUCUCUAUUUGCACAAACUUUCAAUUUUUACUUUCUUGCAAGACAAAGCUAUAACUUUAUGGAGUUUGAUUUAAAAAUGCACAUCAUUUUUUGUUAACUCAAACUUGGAAAUUAAGCUGCAUUAUAUGAAAAUGUUGCAUAGUAUUUCUACAGCAUGUAGGGUUAUGCCAAGCAUGAGUCUAACAUAGUGUGUGUUCUUGUAAACAGGAUAAUAUGUAAAAAUUCCUCUAGAAUAAUCUCGAGGAGAAUGAUUUAUCCUGAAACUCAACACAGUCUUACACUUAUUUACAGUAAGAAUGGUUUUCCCUUGAUAGUAAUUUGGUUUUCUUGCCAAACUUUGGUAUGCCAGCAAAGGUAAAAUUGAAGAUGUUAGUUGUUUAUUUGAGACUUUGGUUCCAAGUAUAAUUUCACAUUUAGUAAUAGACUUAUGUAUUACAAUCUGUUUUUAAUAGUAUUUUGAUUCCAUAAACCUAGAAAAAUCUAUUGCACAUUAGAACCCAAAUCCAGGAAAAGUUACACACUUCAGAAAUGUGCAGAAAAUGGUAAAGGCUAUUAAAUCAUUGAUAUAGGAGAUGCCUUUGUUAUAAUUACUUUAAGGGCAAAAAUUAGUCUCAUUUAGAAGUGUAGAUUACUUUCACAUAACCCAGGGUAUUUUCAGUCCUGCUGAUAUACAUUAAAGUAUAUCAUACAUUUAAGUAUGUCAAAUAUGUUUUGGAGUUGUACAUUUUAACGUUUGCCUAAGAACUUUCAGGUGAAUGUAUAAAAUAUUUUUAUUAAAAACAAAAUUCCUUCUUCAUUAUUGGUGCCUUUCAUGAUUACCAAGGACAGAGCUGUAUUACAGCUUUAUUGUGAAAUUUUC